UUCAUUAUGGCUAAAUUGUUAGCUCAAGGUCACCUUUAAUUCAGGAAGCCCUUUGUAUGUCCCAAUUCGAAAGAAAAGUUGAAAUAAAAUAGACAACGAAUAUAAAUUAGGACUUCCUUUGGCGCUUCGUCUUUGUGGAGAUUAUUUUCAACCGUAACCUCGUUUCUUUUUUACUUAUAAAAAGGAAACUAGUUAAGCAGAAAUUUUUAAAAAUCCAGUCAAUAAGUUUGCAUUUUGACUUAGAAGUGGAGAGCUUCGAAAUGUUCAACAUGAUAAUUUUCGUCUUUCUUCUAUUCUGUGCGGCUAGAAGAUCCAUAGCUUUCAGUUGCGACCAAACAAGAAAAUGCGACAAAUAUUCGACAAUUCAAGAGCUAUCUGAUUUGAAAUUUACUCCAAAUCGAGAACAACUAUUAAACUUAUGCCCGAGAACAUUACAAUUCUUUGAUUGUUACUUCGAGGAAAUUCAGAAAUGCACCGUACUCAGCCUUCCGGAACUCGCAGCAACCGGUCAUGAACUUGCCUCAGAAAUGCUGAAAACAAAAAAUCUUGUUGUUGAUAUAUGUAAUGAGAAUUCAUCUUUGCAUGGAGAUUACGCAGCCAGCAUAGAAUGCAUGUCACAAGUUCCCAAUCUCCUGUUUGUAUCGACGAUACAGAAAAAGUGGUUAAAACGUUUUUAGAUUCUAGAUACACACUGGACUCUUGGAAAGAUGAAGACAUUCUCUCGGAAGAACAGCUUUGUUUAGAGAUGGUCUAUACUUUGGCAUGUUUUGCGGAGGAUAUAAACAAAAAUUGCGGCGAAACAGCUCGAAGAGUGUACCUCACAGUCCUUGAACACAGCAAAAGUGCUGUAGCUAUUGAAUGUUCCAUUGAAGAUGAUUUGAGCUUGAAGCGCGAAUUCCUGGAUUACCUGGAUUUGAAAGAAGACGAUAAGAAGAAUGCAUUCUGGUCUGUUUUUAAAACAUUUAGAAGAUGAUCAGAAUCCUCAUUUUGUUUAAAUCUUCUUGAAGACAGAAUUUACCUUUUUACUUUAUAUCUACAGAAUUUCAUCACUUUCAUCUAAUGCAUUGUAAUAUUUUUUCUUCAUUUUAAUAACAACAACAAGUGGAUUGGCGUCCAAAAUAAAAAUUAUAGUUAUCAUA